UGAGAUUUCUGUCGCCGAAAGAACAAAACAGGCUUCAGGCGUGGCAUACAGCCCAACCCAACAAUCUUCAGACGCGGACUGUUUCAGCCCAUCGAACAAGGUGUCCUUCCUUCUUCACGGGCCACGGCCUGUUCUAACUCACCAAAUACUCCUCUCUCCACUUAACGAGCACCACCAGUUCCUUGUUCGGUCGGAACGCAGCGCAGCGGCGGCGGCGAUAGGGAGAGAGGAGAGAGUCUGCAGGAUCCAGCAGGCCGAGGGAGGAGUCAGCGGCGGGCCGGAGAAUAUGAGCGGCAACGGCGCGAAGAAGGUGGUCGAUGCGGCGGUGAAGGCCGGCAGGACGAUCAUCGACUGGGACGGCAUGGCCAAGUUGCUCGUCACCGACGAGGCGCGCAAGGAGUUCGCCGCCCUCCGCCGCGCUUUCGAUGACGUCAACCACCAGCUCCAGACCAAGUUCUCCCAGGAACCCCAGCCGAUUGAUUGGGAGUACUACAGAAAAGGAAUUGGAUCAAAAGUGGUGGAUAUGUACAAAGAGGCUUUUGAAAGCAUCGAGAUCCCGAAGUACGUCGACACAGUUACUCCCCAGUACAAGCCAAAGUUUGAUGCUGUGAUUGCUGAAUUAAAGGAGGCUGAGAAAGAGCAUCAGAAGGAGUCAGAAAGGAUAGAGAAGGAACUUGCUGAAAUGGAGGAAAUGAGGAAAAAGAUCAGUACAAUGACAGCAGAUGAUUACUUUGAGAAGUACCCUGAACUCAGGAAGAAGUUUGACGAUGAAAUCCGUAACGAUAACUGGGGAUAUUGAAGAGAUUGGAGAGAACUCUUAUGAUGCCAUUUCCAUGUCCGUGAAGAACCAAUAAUUUUCCUGUGCCCUGAAUUGGGUGGUUUCCAUAGCAUGUGCACGGGGUUUGGGUGGAAUGCCUACAGAAUCGACUGUGUCAAGCUUUCUUGAUUCCGUAGAAACAUGUUUUGUUUGACCUCAUCAUAGAGGAUCUCCGCUUUUAUCGUACAAAGAUUGUGAUAUGUUCUUAGCUUCUUUCUACCUGAAUAAGAGGAUUUCUGCAGACCCUUUUCCAACUGACUUUCUGUGA